AUGGACAUAUUUGGACACCCUUCUCAAUGCCCAUCCUCGCUGUCUCUUGACGAUCAGUUCAGGAGCUUAAAUUCUUCUUACCAACAAUACAAGGGCGUUGAAAAUACCAAUAAUCAGUACCAUAAAGACCCAUACCAGCAACCAGACACUUACCUCAACCCACUUUUAACACCCCAGGCGCCAGGAGGACCGGCUUUUUCGACCCAAAACCACGAAAUUUUAAGCUAUCCCGGUCUACCUGCGCAGCCACAACAACCCGCACCCCGUUCACACAAUCAGAACCCAGACCCCUCAAACUCGGCAAACUCCAUAAACUCAGCAACCCAUGAAACCCCGACAACCAACCAAUCUGACUUGGCAGGCACUUCCCUACCGACUGACUGCUCGAUCUCAGGUGCUGUGGAGCAAAACUCUCGCUCCAACCCCAAACUUACCAAACCAAAGCCCCCUCCACGCUCAAAGACUCCAGCCCAAUUAGUUGAGAAAGCAAAGCAUAUGCAGCUCAACCAGCUUAUCAGUCUAGUUGCCAAGCAUGCUCAAUAUUUCCGCCUCACCGCCAAAGACGAGGUUGAGCUCAACGCAGCUUAUAAGGAGUACCAACGCAAGCUGUACACCAUAGCCUAUAAGAACAAGCUCCAAAUUGCGCCGUGCUUAAGAUACGUUGGCAAAGGGGAAAAUCCCAGAGGCUCGACUAGUUACAACAAUUACUGCCGGUAUGAUCCAGUUGCUAGCAAGGUUUUUACUGAUUCAAAACUCCACCCAAACAAUCAAAAGCGUGAAUGUGGCAAACUCUGGAAAAUGCUUGAUUCCGACGAUCAGACAAAGUGGAAAGAUCCUGAAUUUCUCGAGUCCAUUUCAGUUCCGUGUAAUUCGACCAAUCAAGGCGAUGAGAGCGAGAACAACCCCAACCCUUCACCAGGCACAAUCAAGAAACGCAAAGCGCCUCAUUUUGAUUUCAAUCACUGGGCUUGCAAGGUUGUUGCUGACUUGCGACAGUUAAGCCAACGGUGCGGCACCGAAGGCUUGUUGGUUGUUGGAUUGCGGGGCCAAGACUCCACACUGAAGUUCACUGGGGGAAGUCAUCUAGGUGAACACUUCCUGGAUAUGUACUCGACUGAGGAUGAUCCAGUUGUAAAAUUUAUUGAUUUCCUCAAAGGCCAGACUGUUGUCAAGAAGCUGACCGGCAAAGAUCCACCACCAAUUUUAAAAAAGCAGGCAUCACGCAAGCCCAAGUCAAGAGAUAUCUUCACAGAGCACGAUAAGGGAGGGAAAAAACUAAAUGUUGACUUUAUCCGAGCAAAGUUGAACGAUGCUAUUGAAAAAGCAACGCAUGGUAAAUGGACACGUGGAUGGCCUGGUACUCGCACUCAACAGAGUCUUGCUCAACUCAAAGUUGGCUUGCGAGUUAAAGACAAUGAUAUUGGUGUUACUCCGCAACACUUCUGUAAGCGGCCGGGAGACAUGGGAGAUAAACAUGCCCAACUCGUUGUUGCGGCAUUGGAGGGAGAUUGGGUCAAACUGAUUGGUCCACCAGCCCCGGAAAUAAGUGGUGUGGGAUUCGAAAUUGAUGGAGAACCUCGUGAGGGCAACUCGCCACCGACUAUAGUUUCUGCAGCCCCGCCAGCAGCCGGCGUCUCCUCCCCAACGCACGUCAAUAGCCAGCCCGGAUGCCUCCUCAGCGUUCCCAGUCAGCCCCCCCCCCCGCCUUCCCCUAGCUUGAGGGGCGUAGACCCUACGGGAAGUCCUCCAGUGCAUCCAAAUGGGGCCUAA